UCCCCGGGCCCGCCGCUGUCCCCGGUCUUCCCCGCAGUGCCGGUGCCUUGGAGCGAGAAACGACCUACUUUCAAGGACCCUAUAUGUUGAGAGGGGAGGAGAAUAAAAGAAAAUAAAGAAGCAAAGCAACACUUAUCUGUAGCUAUGACUGAUCAAACACCUUCACUUUGGAGCUUCGGAACAACAAAAACAUUUCAAAUUCCCAUUGAACAUCUGGAUUUCAAAUUUGUUGAAAAAUGUUCAGAUGUUAAGCAUUUGGAAAAGAUUCUUGUUGUACUCAGGUCUGGGGAGGAAGGAUUUUACCCUGAACUUAUAGAAUGUUGUGAAAAACGCAUUCAAAGCCUAUGCCCUGAAAGUAGAAUCUUGCGAAAAGAGAAACCUGCAGCAACAGCAUCUAGUUUUACACGAGAAGAAUGGGAAAAAAUCGAUGGUGAUAUAAAGAGUUGGGUAUCGGAAAUAAAAAAAGAAGACUCUAAGGUGCAUUUUCAUGAAAUGGACACAUUUCAGGAAUUGGAAGGCCAUCUGCCUCCAGUUCGUGGCACAAACAGCCCCCUUAAUACUGGCAAGGAAAAAGAUAAUAAAUCUAGAUCCUCUCAGAAGAAGAAAGUACCAAGAGAUUAUGCAGAAUGGGAUAAAUUUGAUGUGGAAAAAGAAUGUUCAAAGAUCGAUGAAGAUUAUAAAGAGAAUACUACACCAAAUAUCAGCUCACAUUCACUUAAAAUUGAGAAGAAUAUUGGUACAAUAGGUCUGAGUGACAAAGAAAAAGAUUUCUUAGCUACUCGUGAAAAAGAAAAAGGUAAUGAAGCCUUCAGUUCAGGUGACUAUGAAGAGGCUGUGACAUAUUACACUAGGAGCAUAUCAGUAUCUCCCACAGUGGCUGCGUAUAACAACAGAGCUCAAGCAGAAAUCAAACUAAAGAACUGGAAUAAUGCUCUUCAGGAUUGCGAAAAAGUGUUAGAGUUGGAACCUGGAAACUUAAAGGCUUUUAUGCGACGUGCCACUGCAUAUAAACAUCAAAACAAGUACCAUGAAGCAAUAGAGGAUUUGAAGAAAGUGCUAAAUAUUGAGCCAGACAAUGUUAUUGCUAAGAAAAUCAUGUCAGAAGUUGAAAAAGACCUGAACAAGUCUCAGCCUGAAUCUGCUCCCCAAACCAAAGGGAAAAGAAUGGUUAUUCAGGAAAUAGAGGAUUCAGAAGAUGAAGAUGGAAAAAGAAGUGGAGAACAUGAAAAUGGCAGUGGAGAUAAGAAAACCGAUGUGCCCCUGAGAGGAGAGCAGAGAAGUGACCAGCCUGAAAUGGGAAAUGUGCAGAAUAAGUUUACUGGCAAAGGCAAUGGGAAAAAGUCCCGAGGAAAGGAGGCCCACAAGUGCAGAGAUCGCGCCUUGAGUGGAGGCACCUCCCAGGGACAGAACUCCAAGCCUUCACCCAGACUCGGAGGGGAAGUCAAUGGCCAUCUCGAGAGUGACAAAACUGCAGGUGGGAGCGGUGGGGCCAAGGAGGUCUCCAGACCUGGACCGGCUCCCUCUCCUCUACCCCUUCCCGCCGCCACCGCCGCAGACCUGAAAAACCAAGGGAAUGAGCUGUUCAAGAACGGGCAGUUUGGGGAGGCAGUGCUUAAAUACUCACAGGCUAUGGAAAAACUCCAGGGUUUAGGAAGUGAAAGUGCCGAUGAACUAAGUGUCUUAUACUCAAAUAGAGCAGCAUGUUACCUAAAGGAAGGCAACUGCAGUGGCUGCAUUGAAGAUUGUAACAGGGCCCUGGAACUUCAACCAUUUUCUAUAAAACCUCUCUUGAGACGAGCAGUAGCAUAUGAAACCGUGGAGCAGUAUCGAAAAGCAUAUGUAGAUUAUAAAACAAUAUUGCAGAUAGACAACAGAAUACAGGCAGCAAAUGAUAGCAUUAACAGAAUAACAAGAACUUUAAUAGAUCAAGAUGGCCCAACUUGGAGGGAAAAACUAUCACCAAUUCCAGCUGUUCCCUUCUCAGUUCAGUUACAUAGAUUAGAUGGAGGAAGUGCUGCAGUGCAGCCGACACAGGACGAAACUACUGAGUCUGGACACCAUCAAAAAUCACAGGUCACAGGUAAAAAACAUGAAGACAUGUUUGCAACCCUUAAGGAAGAAGGAAAUGAAUUUGUAAAGAAAGGAAAAUAUAAAGAAGCUCUUGACAAAUACAGUGAAUGUUUGGAGAUAAAUCACAGCGAAUGUGUCAUCUACACAAACAGGGCCCUUUGUUACUUGAAGUUAUGCCAGUUUGAAGAGGCAAAACAGGACUGUGACCGAGCUCUUGAGAUAGAAGAGGCUAAUGUCAAAGCUUUCUAUAGGAGAGGCCUUGCUCACAAAGGACUCAAGAAUUACCAGGAAAGUUUUAAUGAUCUCGACAAAGUUCUCCUCCUAGACCCAAAUGUUUCUGAAGCAAAGAAAGAACUAAAAGAGAUAACCAUAUUUCUUAGUAACAAGGAUGACACACCACUACCCAGUCAAGAAAAGGAAAGAAGGAAAAUAGAAAUUGAAGAGGUGGUGGAGAGCAGUGAGGAACAGCCUGAAGGUGGUUCUCCAGAGAAUGUCUCAAUCACCUGCCAUGAUUUGGAGAAAGGGCCAGCAGGCAGCGGGUCUCUGGCAAUGGGCUUGGAAAAACUCCACAUCUCAAAACCUGCUAAUGCCUACGAAUUUGGGCAAAUUCUAAAUGCCAUAAACACAAGGAAGGAUGAAGAAGCCUGUGCAAAGCUCUUAGCCAUCACAGAUCCAAAAGAUUUGCCAGCAUUGCUGAGUAACAAAUUGGAAGGGGAUACUUUCCUCCUCUUCAUCCAGUCUCUGAAAAAUCACCUUCUUGAUAAUGAUCCUGAAUUGGUCUAUCAGCAUCUUUUACAUCUAAGUAAAGCAGAAAGAUUUAUGAUGAUGUUGACACUGCUUAGCAAAGGACAAAAAGAGCAGACCCGACAGCUGUUCGAGGCCCUUUCAGACAAAUCAAACCAUGCGUUCACCGCAGAGGAUGUGCAGAACUUGAAAAAGCAUUAUGAGCUUUAGUCCAAGAUUUUUUUUUUUCCGAAUUUCUCUGCCCAUGAGUGGGCCCCAGGAAUAAUUGUGGGCUGGGGCUGUAAACUGCCUGGGUGAGUGGAUAAGGUUUGGUUUUGAAAGGUGCCCUAUUUUUCUGGACUGUUGAGGAUUUGCAAACAAUUGUGUACGCACAUUCUACACUCUGCUGCUCCCCUUCUACCUGUAUAUGUUGCCUUCCCUAGAGACUUGAUAUCUUUUUAUUUAAUUAGUUGGCUUGAUAUGGAUUCAUUUUGAGUGUAUUUAAGUGCAUUCACCUUUUCUAGUUUCCAUCUGUCGUUUUAGUCAUUCCUUUGGUAAAACAGUUGAGCUAAAUUUGCGUUCUCUUGUACUCUGAAAAUGGGACCUUUUAAAGUUUAAUAGAAAUAUAUUUCCUUUGUUGAUUUUUAAAAUUCCAUGAAAAUCUGAUUACUAUGACAUCUUCAUUUCUUGCCACAAAAUACACAAAGCCUGUUUUUAUACUGUUAAUGCAAAGAUGAAAUGGACAUAGUUAAAGAAAUACAGAGUAUACCAAAAGUCUUGGUGCAGCUUAAGCUUUAAUAAGCACUGACACUUUUUGGGACAUCUUGUACUUACUUCGAUACUAUGAAGACAUGUGGUUAUGAAAUAAAUGGCCCAUAUUUAGAUAAAGAUGAAAUGUGAAUUCUAGAUAAUCAGUCUUUUCAGGCUUAUGAAAGAAUAUUCAUUUACUGUUUCUCAAAGCAAUUGUGGGAAGCAAUAAUUUGCCUUUCUCAAAGAGGUCUGUCCACCAUUGCACAUGAUUUUUUUCCAAUGGUGUUUGUUGCACACAUUAUUUCAACAGUCAUAGUAAUCGUUUCUUAUUUAUAUCUGACAGCAAUCAGUCUUAAUUAAAAUAUUAAUAUUAUGGAAAAGUCCUAUAGUUUUAGUUAGAGACCUUAAAAAGCAGGGUGCUAUGUGCUUAUGAAAACAGAAACAAAAGUCAUUUUGCAAAAACCACCUGGGCUUACUCUUUCUUUGAACGGUCUCAAUCAAAUGUUUGCAUAUUUUUCAACCAGAUUUUACUACUAGUCACGUAAGUUCCCCUUUUCUUUUUGUCUGUAAAUCUGACCACAUUUACUUCCUCACUGUGAAUUGAAAGUAAAGACUUUGAGGCUUAUUAGUACUGAAAGUUUCUCUCAGUUGUACCCUAGGAUUAAAGGAACAGUAUUUCAUGUAAUCUGGGAAGCUAACUCCCUACCUAGUGUAACUGGUGCUGGGAAGACCUAUUAAAGACACUGAACUCAAUUUAUUCAGGAAGUAAGAUUCUUAGUACUGCAUUGUGUGUCUUCUGUCCCAUUUCCUCCUUUUUUUGGUAAGUUCUUUUUUCCCUUUUCUAGGAUAGAUGGUAAUAAGUAGUGGACUUCAAAAAAACCAAUGUUUCUAUACUUAUGGGCCAUCCCAAAAUCAAUGCAGAUUGUAUUCCCUCUUCAACUUAGACUGUCUGAUUGGCUGAAAAAUCCAUUACCUGGUGGCCUGCCUUCAAGUGAUGAACCUGUCUCUCCAAAUAUAGCUUAUCUGGUCCUUGGAAAGUACACAGCGGAGCCCAUACAUUACCAUUUUGUACUGAAGCUGUCUCAACUUGGUGGGAUGUGUUGGAGACUUCACUCCUUUGCCAUAAUCCUUGUGAUCCCAGGAUCUCCUUCCUGGAGAAGUACUAUACAUGAUAGAGUUAUAUUUAAAUAUGGUUUGGUUGUCUUUGAAAACAUUGUCACUAUGUCUGCAUAUGUAUUUUUUAGUGUUUUUUUUUAACUGGAAUGAUAAAAAAAGUUUAUAGAAAAAAAUAUUAUACUGACUUUUAACUCUUUUAACCUAGUCACUGUUCUCAGCUAUAGUUUUACUUAAGAACUGCACAAAUUAAAAAUGUAUUAUAAGAAGCACUCUACCUCUAGCUUUUAAAAAAGAACAUUUCUUCCUUUGAAAUAUAAAGUAAAACAGUAAAUUAUUGACUUAUUCAUAGAAUUCAUUUAUUAAAAUGAGAUCGCAAUCACUCAAGUUUUUAUUAAUUUACCAUUUUCUUUCUUUAGUAAUUUAGAAAAAAUUAUUUGUGAUGCAGUAUUUGUAGAGCUGUACAAUGAAAGAAAAAGAAAAAUGCAUAUAAAUUAUACCAAAGAACCCAUCUUCUUUAGUGACUGUCACUUGUGCCUGCUGCUUUCAAGGGUAGAAAACUGUACUUCAUAUGAAAUGGUAGUGAAUUAGAUUAAGGAUACAACUUAAAAUAUAAAAACAUUUUUUAAAAGCACCCGAGACCUUUGUUCUGGUUAGCUUUUUAUUUUGUAAUUUGCAUUUGCUGAUGUGCUGCCUGGACAAUUCACUUGAGUUUGGCUGCUCUGUAUCCUAAUUUCUUUAGUCCUCGUGCAGAUUUUGCAAUUUGUUUGGUCACAAGUUCAGAUUUUAUAAGUUGGUAGGGAGCCCAAGCUGAACUGUGGCAUGCAUAACAAUAAAAAGGUUUUAUCUGAGUAUCUCAUUCCCAUUUGACGAAUAUUAGUGGUAGGAAGGUUUGACCUGGUCCUUCUUGAAAGACUUGUUUCUGUCUAUUCCUCAAAAAAUGUGAUCCUUUUGACAGUGGCUAUCUUAUGCCAAUCAGAGUAUUCUACAUUUUCCUAUAGUAAACUUUCUUAUUAUUCAGUUCUAUCAGUUUCUCUUAUUCAGGUCUAUUAAGUGCCUACUUUCUGUCAAGCCCAGUAGAAGAGUGGGGUUUUCUGGUUAAUUAAGUAUUUUGGCUAAUUCAAUUACCUUGUGGUAUUUAUGGACUUAAAAACUUUAAAAUAAUGGUAAUGAAAUUUACUUAUGCUGCUGAACAUAAUUUAGUCUUUGAUGGUCAAGAAGUAUCUAGGAUCUCUCAAUCAUGAAAAUCAUUGCAGAAAUUGCAAAUUCUUCAUUAAGAAUGCUGUAAAAUAGUUUUCUAUGCACAGAAGUGGGACUAAGUUUCAAAUUUAUAAAAGGAAACUCAGACCCAAUUUCAAAAUUCUUUAGCCUAAAAAUCUAAUAAUGUUAAUUCCCACUCUUUUUUAAAAAUUCAGUUUUAAGUAAAUUAUUUGAGCUAACUAAAUUCAAUAUAAUAACUCACAGUCAUAGAGUGCUUUGUUGUCUGUAGGCCAUAUGAGAUAAGUAGUGCAAAUAUUAUCAUCCCCAUUUUCAAUGAGAAAACCUAUUCAGAGAGAUUAAGGAACCUGCUCAGUCAUACUGAUAAUAAGUGGCAAACUCCAGGUUAUUAAUGUUAUUUCUUUCCUGUUUCUAAAAUAUCUUUUAAAGUUUUACAAGUGAAUGAAAGGAACUAAGCCAGUAAUCUUCAAAAAUUCCUGCCUUAAUUUUAAAAUAUGUAUGUUUUUCCUUCUAUUUGAAAUUCAUUUCAUCUUUAUACCUACCCACAUCCUUGUUGCAAUCAUCAGCCAACUUCCAAGUCCCUCUCCCUUGUCAGUUAAUUCAGUUCUUGGCUCGUGGUUUUCCUGUCUGCCCCAAACCCCUUCUGUAACCCUAGUGACUUUAAUGGUAAUGGCCAAAGGCUGUGUGACCUCCAAGAUGAUGAACUCAGAUUCUUCCUCUCUAAUCCCAGUCUUCUGUCUUUCUGCCUGGAGUUGGAGUUGAAUUGGAGUACACACCCUGGGGGUGUCCAUAGAAUGGAACUAUAGAGACCACUCCAUGGAGCUGCACUAGUUGCCCAGGCCAUUUCCAGGGAAAACAUGCACUCGCCUCUAAAAAGACUUGGUAGUUUGGUAUUAUGUGGCAAAACCUGGGGCAGUUCCUUGAUCUUCUCUCUCUCCUUUCCCCAGGUGGGUUGCAGUGUUAGUUAGAAAGGAGGGGCAGCUUCCAAUUUGCUCUCUUUUGCCCUAUAGAUGGUGUCAUGUGACUGAGACUUCCAGUGAGGGGUGGGGGAAAGAUGACCCUUCACCAUAGUCAGUGACCACUCCCACAAGGGAGUUAAAGCCAGGAGACUCAACUAGGUGAGGGUUGGGCCUGGGCUUCUGGCUUCCUCUUCUGCUUUGUGCUUCCUUUCCUGUGUAGGCAACCAAACAUUGUUCUUGAAAUGGAUGUGUCCACUCAUGGGAGUUCUGGAAUUCCUGGGUCCAAAUGGCAAGAGGAGUUUCUUUGUUGGGAAGAAUGACCACCAGCAGGAAUCUGGCCCCGAUCCCUAAGCUGGAAUGGCUGAAAAAGUGGACCUGAAGUAGACUGGACCUUACAGAGCUGAAGUGACGUGUGGAAUGCCUAUUUAUUUGGUAGUCCCGCAGAUGACUUCAUCUAUGUGUAUAACUCUGGGCAGAUGUAGUUUUAAGUUAAAAGUUACUGAUUGCUAAGUCUUGUUGAAGUGCGCUGUGAGUCUUUUGGGUCCUUUAACAUCUCUUUUGUGUGUAGGAAAUAAAUACUUGUCCCACGUUUGA